GUCAACUGACUCGGAAUUAGUUUGGUUUGCUCGGUAUCGAAAGCAGCCGGCUCUUGGCCAAGUCGUGCUUUUUAAUACAUCACGUCAAAAUCACAAUGAAUUGCAAGGAAAAAAAAUCCGCUCUAUCUCCCACACAAUAAAUAAAUUUAUUUUUGUUUCCGUUUAAGUGAAUGUGAAUCCAGUGCCAUGCAAUUAUUAUGAACACCGAAAGUGAGAUUUCCGAAAUUUAAAAUGCGCCUCCAGUUUUUUAUUCUUCUUCUUCUUCAUGUCAUGUGUCUUCAGUUUUGCACUGCUGACAAUAAGACUCAUCACGACCUCCAAAAUUCCGAAACGCUCUACUCGUCUUGGUCCCCAUGGAGCCGCUGCAUCGAAUGCAUUCAGAGGAGAAUCAAAAAAUGUAUUUCUCCCAAAUGCGAGGAUUCCCGAAUUUACGAAGAAAAACCAUGUGGGAAGAAACGAUGCAAGAGGAAAGCGCGCCAGAAAAAUCAAUUCCGCGUCCUACAAUUGAACGAAGAUAGUAGCCAUUUGUUGCGUCAAGCGCCGUCUCGCAUUUGGAGCAAAUGGUCGAACUGGUCGCCCUGCUCGGAGGAUUGCAGGACGCAGAGGAUCAGGAUUUGCAGGAAGCCGGGACGUUGCAGGAAAAAACAGCAGGAGCAGACGGCGUAUUGCUAUCACGAUAAUUCGAUGUGUGAAAAUUACGUUUUGAACUUGUUGGAUGAUAAAGACAAGUAUGAAACCAACCGCUACUACCACUAUGACAACUUCGACCGCCGCCUCUCCCACCGCCGCCGCCUCGCCGGCCGCUGUGGCCAACCUUUCCGCAAAUCGCGAAUGCUGAAAAUCAUCGGGGGCACCGAAUCGAAGAAGUACAAGUGGCCUUGGCACGUUGCCAUUUUGAACAAAUACUACGAAGUGUUCUGCGGAGGCACACUCAUAGGCCCACGUUGGGUUCUCACCGCUAGUCAUUGUAUACGUCCUAUUUUACGCGUAAGACUGAACGAACAUGACCUAAGGGCUCGAGAUGGACGCGAGCUCGAAAUGACUGUUUACACGAUUUUCCAGCAUCCCAAAUUUAACCACAAAACAGUGGAUAAUGAUAUUGCCCUGCUGCAACUACCAAGGAGUGUUAAUCUCCCCAUCGCUUGCUUGCCCAAGACUAGACCCAGGCCCACGGAAAUUUGCUCGGUGAUGGGCUGGGGCAAAAUCAGGACCAGCGAUACCUAUGGCACGCACACACUGCAUGAAGCGAAGCUUCCUAUUGUGCCACCAAAUGUUUGUCGCCGUUCCUACCGCCACUUCCUCAUCACGCCCAACAUGCUUUGCGCCGGUUGGCCCUCUGGUGAGGCCGACACUUGCGCCGGAGACAGUGGUGGAGGUCUCAUGUGCCCCUUCAAGCGCCGAUCAAAACUCGCUUACAGCGUUCAAGGCAUCACAAGUUUUGGGGAUGGCUGUGGUUUGAAAAACAAGUACGGCAUUUACACUACAGUGUUUAACUACCUAAAGUGGAUUUACUACGUGAUGGACCAUUAUUCUUAACUCACGAAAAUUCAGUAUUCGCAAAUUUAACACUUUUAUAGCUAUUUUUGACAUUAACAGAGACUUAACUGAAGCAAUAAAUUUUAUUUGUAAAAA